AUGUCGGUUCGUGUUGUUGCGAGGAUACGUCCGCUCCUGGAGACAGAGCUGGACAAGGACAUUAUUGUCCGCCCUGAUGGUGGUGAGGCAGGCAAGCCGCACACCAUUGUCAAGAUUCCCAGCCCAAAGAACCCGGCUGAGGAGUUUUCCUUCGCGUUCAAUGCCGUGUAUGAUGAAUCGACAUCACAGGAGACGCUGUUUACUUCUGAAGUACAACCGCAUCUCAAGUCGCUAUUCCAGGGAUAUGAUGUCACAAUCUUCGCGUACGGUGUCACUGGUACGGGCAAAACGCAUACGAUGCGUGGUGGUCUCAAGCUUGCCGACAGAGGAGUCAUCCCCCGACUUCUCAGCGGUGUAUUUCGAAGGGGAAAGAAGAUCACAAAGGACUCAGAGGGCAACACGACGGUAAAGGUCAGCUUGUCGUACUACGAGAUUUACAAUGACAAGGUAUUCGACCUACUCGAGCCGCCAGAGAAACGAACCCCAUCGGGACUGCCUCUUCGCGCUGAAGCUAGUGGGCGAACUGUCGUGGCUGGCUUAUCCGAGCGAGCUUGCGAGGAUCUCAGAGACUUUGAGAAGAUGUACAUUGAGGCUAAUAACAACCGCGUUACCGCGUCCACAAAGCUCAAUGCGCACAGUAGCCGAAGUCACGCCAUCCUACGCGUCAAAAUCACACAAACUACCGACGGCAUGAUCCGUGAGAGUACAGUAUCUGCCAUUGACUUGGCAGGUUCAGAAGACAAUCGCCGAACCGACAAUGGCAAGGAGAGGCUGAUAGAGUCGGCGGCUAUCAACAAGAGUCUCUUCGUCCUCAGCCAAUGUAUCGAUGCCAUUUCAAGAGGCGACAAGCGGAUUCCAUAUAGAGAAUCGAAGAUGACCCGGAUUCUGUCUCUUGGUCAGAAUAACGGCAUCACUGUCAUGUUCUUGAAUCUGGCUCCUCUGCGGAGCUACCACCUGGAUACUCUGAGCAGCCUAAACGUCAGCUCUCGGGCUAAGCGAAUAGAAGUUCGUGAGAUUGAAAAUGAAGUAGUGUUCAAGCAGUUCCCUAGGACAAACAGCUCUACAGCUGUUCAGCGGCAACCCCUGCGACCCCUUGCUAAUGCCCUGAGCGCUCAUAACGUUCAUAGUGGCAAUGUGGCAGCAAAAGCUUCCACGGAGGUUACUCGGCCAAUCAAGUCCUUCAGCGUCUACACGGACAAGACAAAACAGUCUCCAGUAAAGGCCAUUUCAAUGUCAGCGCUGCCACGACCUGCUGUCCACGCCAGCCUGGUUCCUCGUCCGAGUAUCUCCAACAAGCGGCCCUCAGAUCCCGAGAGCGGGAUUGCAAGACCCAAAAAAGUUGCGCGGCCGUCGAUUGAUGAGCCAUUCAUUACGGUAACGGCAUCUCAGAUUGAGGCUAUGGUCGAGAAGAAAGUUGGUGAGAUCCUAUCGGCUCGAACAGCUGCUGAAAACGCAGCCCAAGAGCAAACACGUGCAUCUUCUCAGCACGAGGUUAGUGAAGCAAUGCAAAGGCGUCUGGAGGCAUUGGAGCGACGCAUCGAGAGCGAAGACAACCACGUGGACUCGAAAUCCGAUGGGCUUCGCUUCUUACUAGCUGCCAGACAGCACAGGGAGAAGGGCGAUGAUGCCUCGGCAUUGAGAGCAUACGAGAUGGCUCUGCCUUUUUUCCCGGGCCAAGCCAAGCUGAUUGGAAAAAUUCAGCGGCUUAGAAAUCGACUAGGAGUCUCCGUCGAGCACACUUCUGUCAUGCGAAGUCCCAUGAGGAGUCCGCUAAGACACGACAGAAAGUCGAGGCGGCCACGCCUCACAGUCAAUCCUGACCGCAACGGUUCCGACCAGGAUGAGGCUGAUAUUGAAGAUGAGUUUCUAGACGAUCCGACAGUUAGGAUCAAACCUCGAAAAUCAAGAGCCAAAUCGAUGGCCAAGCUGCAGGUGUACGGUGAUGAUAACGAGACGACGACUCUACUUGGCGUUGGUGAGUUAGCUCCCGCAAGGGGACUUGUCAGUUAUUGA